AUGAAAUAUGUUGCUGCACUCGAUGUUGGUACUACUACGGUGCGUUUUCAUAUCCUGAAUGAAAAGGCGGUCACAGUAGCUUCUUCAAUUGAGAAGGUAAAUCUUAUUUAUCCAGAGCCUGGCUUUGUAGAGAUAGAUCCCGAUCAUCUAUGGCAGAUUAUAGUAAAAGUAAUCAAGGAUACAUUGAAUCAUAGCGGAAUCGAUCCGAAAAAUAUUGCUUGCAUUGGAAUUUCAUCGCAACGUGCUAGUUUUAUUACUUGGAACUUAAAAACUGGAAAAUAUUAUCACAGGUUUAUAACAUGGAAGGAUCAACGAGCGGCCGCCUUAGUCGACGAAUGGAAUCGAUCAUUAACAAUGAAAGGUUUAAGAAUAGGCGCAAGUUUCUUGUACACAAUUACAAGGAAAAAACGAUUUCUAGCUGGCAGCGUGCUGAAAUUUAUGAAUAUGCAGGUUACUUUAAAAUUAGUAUGGGUUCUCGAGAAUAUACCAGGUCUCCGAGAAGCUGCGCAAGCUGAUGAGGUGGCAUAUGGAGGUGUAGAUUGUUGGUUGUUAUAUAAAUUGACAGGAAAUCAUAUAAUGGAUGUUUCAAGUGCCUCAGCUACUGGUAUUUUCGAUCCAUUUAUGAUGGAAUGGGCAGACUGGGCGUUAAAUAUUUUAAAACUACCACGAAAUAUUUUUCCGAAGGUGACUGAUACAGCAGGCAAUUUCGGAGUUAUGCCCGAAAACAUAUUCGGAGCUGAAAUUCCCAUUUGUUGCUUAAUGGCCGACCAAGCAGCAUCUUUAUUUGGUUCAGGAUGCUUUAAGCCUGGCGAUCUCAAGGUUACUAUGGGGACAGGCACUUUUGUAAAUGUUAAUACAGGACAAGAACCACACGCAUCUGUCGCUGGACUUUAUCCAGUUGUCGGGUGGAAAAUCGGAAAAGAAUUAAUAUAUAUUGCAGAAGGAUCUUCAAGUGACACCGGUAUACUAAUUGAAUGGGCUAAAUCAAUAGGAAUUAUAGAUAAUAUUUCGGAAACAUCUAAUGCAGCAAAUUCGGUUAAUAAUACUGAUGGAGUUUAUUUCGUUCCAGCAUUCAGUGGAUUGCAAGCGCCUAUAAAUGAUUAUACAGCUGCAACUGGUUUCUUUGGAUUGAAGCCAACCACAAAGAAAGAGCAUAUUAUUCGAUCUUUAUUAGAAAGUCUCGUUUUCAGAAUACAGCUACUUUACGAAUGCUUAUGCAAGGAAACUUCUUUCACGUUUCGAAGAAUAAAAGUUGACGGUGGAGUUUCCCAGAAUGAUUUUGUUAUGCAAUCGUUGGCUGAUUCGACGGGGUUGGAAGUCGAACGCCCAAUAUCUGUCGAGAUGGCCAUUUUAGGGGUAGCUUUCUUGGCUGGUUUACAACGUGGAGUAUGGAAAAACAGAGAAGAACUGUUAGAACUUCGUCAAACAGACAAGAUAUUCAAACCAAAUAAAGAAUCGCAAAAAUCUUAUCAACAUGAGUUAAGACAAUGGAAACGUGCAGUAGAGCGCUUUAAAAAUUGGUACUGACGACAAUGUUCAGUUAACAAUUUUUUAACAAUUAUAUAUAUGUAAAAAAUUACUAAUUGAUAUGUAUGCAAAAAAUAUAUUUUUGAUAUUAUAUGAAUAAAUAUAAGGAAACAUGGGGCAAGACGAAGUACAACUUUUAUUUUUGUCACGAAAUAAUAAAAUAUACAGAAAUUUCUUUUAAUUAA